AAUCUUUUCUUUCUCUGAAAACAAACCGUUAAUCAUCAUCAUCAUCAUUGUUCAUAAACAUUCAUCAUUUGAUUUGAUUCAUUUCAUGUUGCUGUUUUUUCAAAACAAAACCAAAACGAUAAAUUCACCACUGAACAAAGGGUCACCAUUAACGGCCGCAUCAUAUUCAAGUCUUGAUACUACUAUUACUACUGGUUCAGAUUUAUUUACCACAGCUGAAAUAUCGACAACAACAUCAUCAGUGGUGAUCACUCCGAUGACAACGUCCACCGACGAUAAUAAUCAUCGAAAUAAUAAACGAAAAAUAGCAUCAAUGGAUUCAGAAAGUAAUCGUCCACGUAUUAAACAACAGCCAUCGUUAACAUUAUAUUUGGCUGCCGUUUCUGCAUUACUUGGUGCAUUAGGCAUGGGUCUAGUACUUGGUUGGACGGCACCAGCAUUAAUAACAAUGGCUGAAGAUGGUAGUGAACCAAAAUUAGAUGAUAAAACUGAUAAAGAUGCAAUUACAUGGAUUGGAUCGAGUAUGACAUUAGGUGCAUUGUGUGGUGCACUAUUUUCCGGUACGAUAUCACAAUUUUUUGGACGUAAAAAAGCCCUUAUUAUCUAUGGAAUACCAUUCACAAUUGGCUGGGUACUAUUGGUUUUAGCGAAAAAUGUUACACUUUUAAUUGUUGGCCGUGUUGUUUGUGGUAUUAGUUGUGGUUUACUUUCCGGUACUGCACCGUCAUAUGUGGUUGAAAUUUCAACCAUCGAUAUUCGUGGUAUGAUUGGUGCUUGUUUUCAGCUUUUCGUCACAAUCGGCAUCCUUCUUGUCUAUUUAUUUGGAGCUUUUAUUACAUGGCGUCCAUUAGCCGGUGUAUCAAUGAUACCGACAAUCAUAAUGAUGAUUUGUAUGUUUUUCAUGCCUGAAAGUCCAUCAUGGCUAAUGUCAAAAGGCAAAGUAUCUGAAGCAACACAAUCAUUACGACGAUUACGUGGUUCCAAUAGUGAUACCGAACAAGAGAUACGUAUGUUACAGCAAGCUGAAAUUGAUAAACAAGGUGAUGAGUUUAAAUUCAGCAGCUACAGUCGUCGACCACAUUUAAUGCCAUUCAUAUUGUCACUAUUGUUGAUGUUGUUCCAACAAUUUAGCGGUAUUAAUGCCGUAAUGUUCUAUGCUACAUCAAUAUUUUCUGAAGCCGGAAGUUCAAUCGAGCCAAAAUAUGCAACGAUUAUUAUUGGUGUCUCACAAGUUAUUGCUACUGGUGUCGGUAGUUCACUUGUUGAUCGUCUUGGACGAAAAAUCCUUCUCGGCAGUUCGGCCCUAUUACAUGUUAUUUCAUUAGCCGCAUUAGGUGUAUAUUAUUAUCUUGCCGAUAAACAUCCGGAUACGGCAAAAAGUCUUGGCUGGUUACCAUUAGUCAGUCUAGUCGUAUUUAUUAUUGGAUUUUCAAUCGGUUUCGGACCGGUUCCUUGGUUAAUGGUAGCCGAAAUUACACCAACCGAUUCACGUGCUAUGACCAGUGCCAUUGCAACUGCAUUCAAUUGGACAUGUGCAUUUUUAAUUACAAAAAAUUUUGAAUUACUCAAAGAUACUUUCACUACGGAAGGCACAUUUUUUUCAUUCGCAGCAAUGGCCAUUGUAAGCAUAAUAUUUGUUGUAUGUAUGCUACCAGAAACCAAAGGUAAAUCAAGUGAAGAGAUUGCAAAAAAUUUCAAAUCAUCAUCAUCAUCGUCAUCAAAUCAUCGUAGCAAUAAUAAAGUGGAAUUAGAUCGAUUGAAUUGAUGAUGAAAUGUAAAUGAUAAUAAUAAAUGAUAUUCAAGAACAAAAAACAAAAACAAAAAAUUU